AUGAACACCUUGAUGAAUACCAACUUUGCGCGUCGUGUGGUGAGCGGCCAAAAGGCCAGAUUUCAGGACGGAGAAAUCGACUUGGACUUGGCCUAUAUUACCGAUCACGUUGUUAUUAUGGGAUUUCCUGCAGACGGCAUCGAGGCCUUGUACCGCAAUCGCCGAGAGGAUGCAAAACGGUUUCUAGAUGAAAGGCAUAAAGAUAAUUACUGGAUCUUUAAUUUCUGUCCGCUAAAGGAAAACUCAUACCCGAAAGAGUAUUUUCACGGUCGGGUCAGUAGAUACCCCUUCCCGGACCAUCAUGCCCCACCCUUGGCUAUACUUCCCCUUGCUGCCCGAGAAAUGCGGGAAUGGCUGUCAGGUGGCGAGCACCGCGUCGUUGUUUUGCACUGCAAAGCUGGCAAGGGCAGGUCGGGAACGCUGGCAUGCGCAUACCUCCUUACACUCGAACAGACUCCCACACCACCCCGCCUACAACGCAGCUACGCAGCUAAAGAAUGGGCAGAACGCCGAGCCGAAAUGCUCAUUGACGAAGUCGAAUCGGAUGAAGAAGAAAUUCACCAAUCCGAUAAUAACACUCCAAAGGCUUCCGAGCCUAUUAAACCAAAAGAGCUCAAGGGCAUCCUCAAUGCCAAAGAAGCACCUCUCACCGUGUCACCCUCAACAACUCUGGAGCUCCCUGCCGAUUCUAAAUCGAGCGAACCGUCUCCUGUAUCCCCCUCGCCUUCGGCCAAAGCAAAGAAAGGUUCGACGCUCGAGUCCGUUAUCGCAUUGCACACCUCUCGGCGUAUGCAAACGCCACGAGAGGGCGGGAAAGUAAAGCAGGGCGUGUCGAUCCCUUCUCAACGCCGUUUCUUGGGGUACUGGAGUCGUCUCAUCGACGGGGCCGCCCCUCCGGGAAUGUGGGCCAUCAACGGAGCGUCGACCGGUACCGAGGACAGGCAACGAGUCCGCUUAGGAACGAUACGGAUCACUAUGCGCGAUGAUGCGAGCGUCAAACAGCGAGGAAUGAAAAUAAUCAAUUCGAUUCUUGACCGAGCUGUUGGUAAUGAGGGAAAGAAAGGAAAAGGAGAAAUUUGGGUAUCACUUGCUCGAUAUGAUGACAACCUAGUCGAAUUGCUCGAGAGAUGGGAGCAGCGCACAAGGUCAUCAGAGCUCGGAAUUGGAUACCGGGCGCAUGAUGCGGAAGCUGACCGAAACGAGAAAGAAGGAGAGACUGCGUUGGCGCAUAUAUUUGAAGAUGGAACAUGGGACAACAAAAAGAUGGUCCGAAGCUUCGCUCGAAUGGGCGUCACAGACCCUGCAGAUGUUACAGAGACUAAAGAGAGCGACAAAGAUCAGACAACAAUUAUCAAGAGAACCCAUGUCUUGCAUCCAUUAAAGUAUUCCAAAUGGGUCAAAGUCGAGAAAAAGGGUGUGCCCACCAAAUCUUCCCGGUUGACUGUACCGGGAGCAUACAGGGGUAGUGGCGACGACAGCGAUGCAGCAUCAGUUAGCUCGAUGAGUACGACGGCUACAAAUGUCGCGGCGGCUGUCACAGAGGCUCGGGACCAGGACCAAUUACAGCCCGAAAUGGAAGAAGUGGAGAUCAACCCAGGGGUCAUUCUAGAUGCCCGAAGAGAAGUACGGGCGAAGCUGUAUAUGGGACAGGUCCCGAUGGGCUGGAUGUGGUUCAUACCGGCAUUCCAUAUGGCCGACGGGGCGACAGAGAGUACUAUCAAACUCACACGAAAGGAUGUUGAUUUCCCGCUCGGAGUUGGGGCCUGGAUAGAAGGAGUAGAAAUUGUGUUGACAAGGGUAGAAAAUAGCGCCGAGCCAACAUCAACUCGCUCCGGAGAGACCCGUGCCGCGGAUGUCCUUUCUUUGGAUACUCUCAAGGAUGAACAGGAGCCUCCGAGUCGGGUUUUGAGCCCCGAAGAAUCGGAUCAGAAGGGGAAAGGAGAGUCUUCUGCUGGUGGUCUAGUUCAUGGUGUAGGGCGAUUGAUGGCCGGAGAGGGUAUAAGAGAGUCCGCCGAUGCAGCCCGCGCCACCGACUGA